AUGGCCCUCCCGGCAGGGAGGGCAGACGAGGUCUAUGGAGGUGCUGCCACAGGCUAUGCCGGGCCGUUCCUCGACGGCCCCUUCCGCACCUUUGGCGGCUACCAGGCAGUGUCGGGCCGCACCUGCCCGAAGUGCGGGAGCAAUGUGCCUCCAGACUCCCGCUUUUGCUGGAACUGCGGCUUCAAACUCUCAGAUAACCCUGGUCACGAAGCAGCUCUGCAUCCCGGUGCCUCGCCAGAUGCCUUUCCGCCUCUCAAUGGCUUCCCUCCUUACGCAUCGCCGGCCCCGCUGCCAAUGACGAAGCCGUUGUCCGAAAGCAGGAUUUUGGCAGGUCAGGCAUCGGCAAGUCCGCCUGCAGAGUUGGAGGUCGUGUCGGAUGCAUGCAGAGGUGGCCGAAGAGUUCUGCCACUUGCCGUCGUCGGAGAUGUGACGGGAGAUGGUAAGGCAGACGGUCUCUACCCUGUCGACGCAGAUCGCAAUGGAGUUCCUGACGUUUUGGAGGAGAUGCUUCCUGCUAUCGAAGCUAGAGAGCGACCGACGACCCGGUGCAGCUUGCCAAGACGUCCAACUGCUGUUGAUUCGUAG